UCAUAACCACACAUCGCUCAAUAUGAACCACCAAUUUGAGGGUCGCUAACACCUAGUGCUGCCAAAACUAGCUUGUUGCAACGUGGAUUACGCUCAAUUAUAUCUUCUAAACUUUGUUGGCACCCAUUUGGAUUUCCAAGCUUAGCAUGGCAAGGAAGCUAUAGCACACUAAGAAAAAACGAUGAGUCCCAUGACCAUGAUCACGACCAUGAUGACCAUGAUGUCUCUUUAGUCAUCUCAUGUUAUAGUUCGAUACCUGCUAAGGUUGCUUAGAUAUUGGUGAAGAUUCUCGUAUAUAUGCUGUUAGUGUUACCCUCCAUAGUAUAUGUUUACAUUUGGAUACUGAUUCGGUUUGAGAUUUGGAUUUUGAGUUGAGUUCUGACCACUGAUUUAGAUGGACCUCAAAUCGUUCUCUUCGACUUCUGUCUCUACAUUUGAGGUUGAUCAUGUUGGAAGAUCCUACUCCACUUUGAUCUCCAGUUUCAGGCACAAAGUUGGAGUUGGAUUUUCACCCCACUUCAAGUGUCGCAGAGGGUUGUUUCUGAGGACUUAUAGUGCCCCGGAUAACACUUAUUUGACUGAUAAAGCUGGCAUUAGUUCAGUUGGUGAAGAUAAUCUUGCAACAGAAACUGGUUUGCAUAUUAAUGGAACAAGUGGCUCAAUUAGAAGUUUCUAUACCAGAAAUCUGAGAGUACUUGAUGCAUUUGAUGAUGAAUAUGGGGGAGUCGUCGUUGAUCCAGAUAGGUUACCAUCCAACCCAUACACCUUCGCAGCUCUGUUGCGUUUGUCUCUUUCUCAUUGGAAAAAAAUGGGAAAGAAAGGAAUUUGGCUUAAGUUGCCGUUAGAGCAAUCUGACCUUGUUCCAAUUGCUGUGAAGGAGGGCUUCCAAUACCACCAUGCAGAGCCAGGAUAUGUGAUGUUAACUUACUGGAUUCCUGAAGGACCUAGCAUGCUUCCAGCGAAUGCAUCACAUCAAGUUGGAGUCGGGGGAUUUGUCAUAAAUGACAACAAUGAAGUGCUUGUAGUACAAGAGAAACAUUGUUCUCCAGCAACUCUUGGUCUUUGGAAGAUACCAACUGGAUUCAUUCUUGAGGCAGAAGAAAUAUACACAGGAGCUGUAAGAGAAGUGAAGGAGGAAACUGGUAUCGAAACUGAGUUCAUUGAAGUCAUAGCAUUCAGGCAUGCGCAUAAUGUGGCCUUUGAGAAGUCAGAUUUGUUCUUCAUCUGCAUGCUAAGACCCCUGUCAUUAAAGAUCAAUGUUGAUGAUCUUGAAAUUGCAGCAGCAAAGUGGAUGCCCCUGGUUGAGUUUUUAGAGCAACCACUCAUCCAAGAAGACUCCAUGUUCAAGAAGAUCGUUGAUAUCUUUAUUGCUCGUCUUGGGAAGCGAUAUUGUGGCUUAUCAACUCAUCAAGUAGUUUCGAAGUUUGAUGGCAUGGUGUCUUCCUUAUACUACAAUGUCAUUGACAAUGAAGAUAACUGUGUUGGAAACUGAGAAUUCAGAAGCACACAACUAGGCUUCGCUUAUCAAAUGUCAGCAAUAAGCUGAAAACUAGGCUAACAACCAUACUGAAGAUAUCCAAUCUGAUAUGUUUGUUAACAUACAAAUGAAAAUUUAUCCCUGUAGAUAUAUGUAUAUAAAUAUCUUUGUUAACAACGUUCCUGUGGAACAUGCUUGAUUACAGUUGUUCCACAUUUACUCAUAAUUCUUGCAGAUAGAACAUCCACUAAACGAGCCUCUAUCUUAUAAUUUAUGUAACCAAAUCAGCAUUUAUAUUUGAAGGUUAACAUGUGAGAUGUUGUGUAA